AUUUUCUCCAAAUCAUUAAGAAAGUAAAAACUCAUGUCUCAUCUUUAUUGUGCAUGGUUACAUUGAUUCACUCAUAAACCAAGCUUCUUUGUUUGGCUUCAAAAUGGCGUCCACUCCUCCGCAAACUUCUAAGAAAGUUCGUAACAAUUCUGGUAGUGGCCAGACCGUUAAGUUUGCAAGACGAACAUCUAGCGGACGUUACGUGAGUUUAUCCCGAGAUAAUAUUGAAUUAUCAGGUGAGCUUUCAGGAGACUAUUCGAACUAUACCGUUCACAUACCUCCGACGCCUGACAACCAGCCAAUGGCCACCAAAGCCGAAGAGCAGUAUGUAUCAAAUUCCCUAUUUACUGGUGGUUUUAACAGUGUCACACGUGCACAUCUUAUGGACAAAGUCAUCGAUUCAGAUGUGACACACCCUCAGAUGGCUGGUGCUAAAGGUUCUUCAUGUGCCAUGCCUGCUUGCGAUGGAAAUGUCAUGAAAGAUGAGAGAGGAAAGGAUGUAAUGCCAUGUGAAUGCCGGUUCAAGAUCUGCAGAGAUUGUUUCAUGGAUGCCCAAAAAGAAACAGGUUUAUGUCCAGGAUGUAAAGAACAAUAUAAAAUCGGAGAUCUUGACGAUGAUACACCUGAUUUUUCUAGUGGUGCUCUUCCUUUACCAGCUCCAGGAAAAGGUCAACGUGGCAACAAUAACAUGUCUAUGAUGAAAAGAAAUCAAAACGGCGAAUUUGAUCACAACCGGUGGUUAUUUGAAACACAAGGCACAUAUGGUUACGGUAAUGCGUAUUGGCCUCAAGAUGAAAUGUAUGGUGAUGAUAUGGAUGAAGAAAUGAGAGGUGGAAUGGUGGAAACAGCUGACAAGCCAUGGCGGCCGCUGAGCCGGCGGAUCCCAAUCCCAGCUGCCAUCAUAAGCCCGUAUAGACUACUAAUCGUUGUUCGUUUUGUCGUGCUAUGUUUUUUCCUAACUUGGAGGAUUCGAAACCCAAAUGAGGAUGCAGUAUGGCUAUGGUUGAUGUCAAUAAUAUGUGAGCUUUGGUUUGGAUUUUCAUGGAUAUUAGACCAAAUACCUAAGUUGUGUCCCAUAAACCGCUCUACCGAUCUAGAAGUUCUUCGUGACAAAUUUGACAUGCCUUCUCCUUCAAACCCCACAGGGAGGUCAGAUCUCCCAGGUAUUGACCUCUUUGUGUCCACAGCGGAUCCUGAGAAAGAGCCACCCCUUGUCACUGCCAACACUAUUCUUUCCAUAUUAGCUGUUGACUAUCCAGUGGAGAAAGUGUCGUGUUACCUUUCUGAUGAUGGAGGAGCCCUUUUGUCAUUUGAAGCUAUGGCAGAAGCUGCUAGUUUUGCAGACUUAUGGGUGCCUUUUUGUCGCAAACACAACAUUGAACCCCGGAAUCCAGAUUCAUAUUUUAGUCUCAAGAUAGAUCCAACAAAGAAUAAGAGUAGGAUUGAUUUUGUGAAAGAUAGGAGGAAGAUUAAGAGAGAGUAUGAUGAGUUCAAGGUUCGCACCAAUGGCCUCCCCGACUCAAUACGAAGAAGGUCAGAUGCAUUUAAUGCAAGAGAGGAAAUGAAAGCUCUAAAACAGAUGAGAGAAAGCGGAGGUGAUCCAAUGGAACCUGUGAAGGUCCUCAAAGCCACAUGGAUGGCUGAUGGUACCCACUGGCCAGGAACUUGGGCAGCCGCUACUCGAGAGCAUGCCAAAGGUGAUCAUGCUGGAAUUUUACAAGUCAUGUUGAAACCACCCAGCAGCGAUCCUUUAAUCGGUAGUAGCAACGAUAAGAUCAUUGAUUUUUCAGACACAGAUACUAGAUUACCAAUGUUGGUGUAUGUGUCACGUGAGAAGCGACCUGGAUAUGAUCACAACAAGAAAGCUGGAGCUAUGAAUGCACUUGUUCGUGCCUCUGCUAUUCUCUCAAAUGGACCUUUCAUCCUUAAUCUUGAUUGUGAUCAUUAUAUCUAUAACUGUAAGGCCAUUCGAGAAGGGAUGUGUUUUAUGAUGGACAGAGGUGGGGAAGAUAUUUGCUACAUUCAAUUUCCACAAAGAUUUGAAGGUAUUGAUCCUUCUGAUAGAUAUGCGAAUAACAACACCGUAUUCUUUGACGGUAAUAUGCGUGCUCUCGACGGUGUUCAGGGACCAGUUUAUGUUGGAACUGGUACUAUGUUUAGGCGAUUUGCUUUAUACGGUUUUGAUCCACCCAAUCCGGAUAAGAUUCUUGAGAAGAAAGAUUCAGAAACAGAGGCCCUAACCACCAGUGACUUUGAUCCAGACCUUGAUGUCACACAACUUCCCAAGCGCUUUGGAAACUCCACACUCCUAGCCGAGUCAAUUCCUAUUGCAGAGUUCCAAGGUCGCCCAUUGGCAGACCACCCUGCGGUCAAGUAUGGCCGUCCUCCUGGAGCCCUUAGAGUCCCCCGUGACCCACUUGAUGCCACAACUGUCGCAGAGUCUGUUUCUGUAAUCUCUUGUUGGUAUGAGGAUAAAACAGAGUGGGGAGACAGAGUCGGAUGGAUUUAUGGGUCGGUGACAGAGGACGUUGUCACAGGGUACCGCAUGCAUAAUCGUGGAUGGCGCUCUGUUUACUGCAUCACCAAACGAGAUUCUUUCCGCGGUUCUGCACCCAUUAAUCUCACAGAUCGCCUUCACCAAGUGUUGCGAUGGGCCACCGGCUCUGUGGAGAUAUUCUUCUCUAGAAACAACGCCAUUCUUGCCUCAAAACGUCUCAAGUUCCUCCAACGCCUUGCAUACCUCAAUGUCGGAAUAUAUCCCUUCACCUCUUUGUUUCUCAUCCUCUAUUGUUUUCUUCCAGCAUUCUCUCUUUUCUCUGGACAGUUUAUAGUACGAACACUUAGUAUCUCCUUCUUAGUUUACCUCCUUAUGAUUACCAUCUGUUUGAUUGGCUUGGCGGUUCUAGAGGUCAAGUGGUCGGGCAUCGAACUAGAAGAAUGGUGGAGAAAUGAACAGUGGUGGCUUAUCUCCGGAACAAGCUCUCACCUUUAUGCUGUAGUCCAAGGAGUCCUCAAAGUUAUUGCAGGGAUCGAGAUCUCUUUUACCUUAACGUCUAAAUCCGGGGGAGAUGACAAUGAUGAUAUAUACGCAGAUUUGUACAUAGUGAAAUGGUCAUCUCUAAUGAUACCACCCAUAGUGAUAGCAAUGGUAAACAUAAUAGCAAUUGUGGUAGCGUUUGUCAGGACGAUAUACCAAGCGGUGCCACAAUGGAGCAAAUUGAUAGGAGGAGCUUUUUUCAGCUUCUGGGUGUUAGCACAUUUGUAUCCUUUUGCAAAAGGAUUAAUGGGAAGGAGAGGCAAGACUCCAACAAUAGUUUUUGUGUGGGCAGGUCUAAUUGCCAUCACUAUCUCUCUACUAUGGACGGCUAUUAAUCCUAACACCGGACCUGCCGCUGCUGCUGAAGGUGUUGGAGGUGGUGGAUUUCAAUUUCCUUAAAACAUUUAUAUAUACAUAUAUACUAGGAUCGGGCGGGAAAUAAGAAAAAAUAAUUUUUAAAUUUAUCUUAAAUUGUGAAAAUUAUUCUAAAAUAAAUUUAUUAUUCAUUUUUUAAUUUUUAUUAAAAGUCACAUCUUUAUCUAGCUAAUAAAGAAAUUUCUUUUUUAUUAUAUAAUUAUUUUACAUUUUCUAAUACUUGUAUUAUUCUUAUAAUUUGCUACGGCCGAGUUUUCUUGAUUAUGUGUUCGUAUUUUGUUUUGUUCAAUUAGGUAAUUUAGAAUUAUUUCAAUGUCUUGUUGAUAAGCAUGUUCUUCCAGCUGUGAAGACAUGUUUACAGUGAGUGCUUAGAGUAAGUUGUAAUAAAAAUGGUUAGAUCGUAGCUAUAAAGAUGUAUUGAGGUGUAUUAUUAUGAGUAUGGCUGAAUAUUUUAUCUAUUAAAUUUAAUUUGAUUCAUUAGCGACAGAAUAAAAAAUUCUGAAUAUCCAUAAUCAUUGGAACAACCAAAUAUUUAAAAUCAAUCUCUACUAAAAACGAAACAAAACACAAAUAUUAAAAAAAAAAAUUAGAGCUGAAUAUCCUCUCUCCUUCUACUUUUAUACAAAUAGAUAUAUAUGUACAAUUAAAUAUAGUUUUAAAUGUAUCAUUCUAUAUAAUUAUUAUUUUAAAAUAUAAUUUUACUAAUUUUAUUUGUAAAAUUAUUUAUAAAUAUAUUGAACUAAGAGAAGAAUAUACUUAUAAAUAAGAAACUAAAGCUUUUCUAAAAUUUGUGUGUUUUAUUUAAUUUUGGAAUUUAUGGAAUAUAAAGUUUCAGUGGUGCUUAAUGCUUAUUUAUUUUUAAUGGAGCAGUCUUUUCGUUUAGCUCUGGAACGUUACAUCUCAUUUUUUUGGUAGAUAAUUUACAUGGAUGUAAGAAGUGGAAGUUGAUUAAGUAUAUCGUCUAAGUUGGGUGGAUGUAUCUUUUGAUUGUGUAGUAAUUACUUGGGUAUUGUGGCGGGUUCUUAAACUCAAUACAUAUGUUUUUGAAUGGCUUUAUAAAUUGUAGAAGGAAAAAGUGUAUUUUCAAUCUUGAGCCAUUGGUUAUUUAGUUAUGCUUUAUUAUGUGUCGUUAGCUUAUUAUGAAAUGUAUCUACGACCGAACGCAGAGUAUUGUAUAUUUGUAUUCUUCGGUUUUAAACUCAGAGUAUGCCUGAAACUCAA